AUGCACGCUAUGGAAGCACCAGGGGAAAGUGAUUCCGAAGGCGGGUGUUCACGACGAUUUCUGUGGAUGGAAAACAGAAAUAAAGCUUGUGAGCCAAAGCCCAGACUGUUUGUUUUUGGCGAGUUCUUAGAUCACCCUUGUGUACGAAAUUUGUCGCACGGUCCACAUGCUGCUUUUGCUGAUUUGUUAAAUCUCUUCUGCUAUGGGUCUUUUGAAACGUAUUUGGCUGAACCGACUAAAUAUCCUGAACUGAGUUCUGCUCAGAUUCGAAAACUGAAGCAGCUAUCGAUAAUCGACGAGGCCCAUUCACGGAAAUUGAUCCCAUACGAAUCCCUUUUUAAAAAGCUUGACGUGGAAUCUUCCAGAGAAUUAGAGGAUUUGAUUAUCGAGCUUUUCUAUCUAGACGCAUUGACUGGCAAAUUGGAUCAGCAGCGUGCUCUGCUGGAGGUCGACUCAGCAAUCGGCCGUGAUGUUCGCAUUGAACAGAUCCCCGAACUGAAUGCUACUAUGAACACAUGGCUUGAUAGAGUGGAAUCCAUACUGACUCACAUUGCCAACGAAGUUAAGCUGGCAAAUGAUCGCCGGUUCGAAAUGCAGCUCCAUAAAAAGAGAGUACAAGAAGCAGCCGCUUCGGUAAAAGAAGCAUUGCGGGGUCAACUUUCUAAAACAGAGCCUGACACGCCGCGCAUGGAUAUAGACGACCACAUGGUGCAUCCGGAUUUGCUACCAGAUGGACGAGGAAUACCGACCCGCCCGAGUUUGGAUUGCCCUGCGGGUGACAAAGACGGUCGCAACCGCUUGGGAGUUUUCAAAGGAUUGCGGAAGGGUGCUAAACAGUGAACAAUGAACUGGAUCCAAACGGAUUAGCUCACCAAUUUGUACUGUUUAUCCGAAUUCGCUGGCCUUCCAUGGUUUACGUUGAGGAGGUGGCAUUCCGCUUCAGGUGGUUCAUUAUCACAGAUAAUCUGAUUAAACCAGCGCCUCUUUUCAUAUUGGUCCCUCGUUUAAAGUCAGUUUGUGGCAGGUUUGGAUACCUAAAAGAGAAAAUCUGUUUGUCCAUUGUCUUAGUCCUGUCGGU